GAGUUGCCCUUAGGGCGCUCGAGUGCAUCCCUCGUACGUUGGCUAAGAACAGCGGUGCUGAUGCUACUGACCUGCUGAAUAAACUACGUUAUAAGCAUGCAGAGGGAUUGGUGGGCCGAUGGUAUGGCGUUGACUGCUAUAAUUGCGACAUUACUGAGACUGUGGAGAACUUCAUUUGGGAGUCAGUCGUGGUGAAGCGGAACGCUCUGGCGGCAGCGACUGAGGCGGCUUGUAUGAUUCUCAGCAUCGAUGAGACGGUUACUAACCCGAAGUCUGAACAACCUGGCGGCGGCAAAGGAGGCAUGCCUAUGGGCAAAGGGCGUGGUAUGAUGGGUGGUAAAGGGAUGGGCCGUCGAUAG